ACUUUUUUUCUGAGUUUUUUUUUGAUUUUUGAUUGUUUGAUCUCAUCAAUUGAUUUGGAGUUUUUUUAUUGAUUAAUCAUGAGUAAUUUAAGAAUGUUAAUCAAAGGGGUUAAUGGGCUUAGAUUUUAUUCUUUUUCACCUUUGAUGUCAAGAGGUUUAAGAAAUAAUUUCUCACCAGAAUCAACAAACUCCAUGUGUUUGGAAAACUGUUGUUACUCUGAAAGAAAUCAAGUUAAUCAAUUUUCUUUUGAUUUUAAUUGUUCCAUUUUUUACAAUCAGAAAAGAUAUUAUGCUAAACGUGGAAUCACCAAAGAGAAGAAAGGUAAAGGUGUUAAAUACGAAAUGUCCGAUGAAGAAUUGGAAAAGGUUAUUCCAGUUGAAGAGUUUGAAGCUUUUCUGUCUUCAGUUUACUCUAAAUUGAAGGAAGACUUUUCAACGCAAUUAAGUUUACGAUCGGGUUUUGGUGUUGAAACGAUUUCCGUUGAAUUGGAUGGAUCCGUUUUCCCAUUGAAAGAACUGGCUCAAAUCUCUAAGAAAUCGACUAACCUAAUGGUUCUCAAUCUGGCCUCCCUACCUGACGCAAUCAAACCCGUACUUGCGGCCAUCAACUCAUCGGGAAUGAACUUAUCUCCCCAACAGGAUGGAUCGAAAAUCUUUCUAACCCUUCCCAAAAUAACCCGUGAACAUCGUGAAAAUUUGGCCAAAGGGGCAAAGACACUUCUCAAUUCAGCUAAACAAGAAAUCAAUCAGAUACAAAAUCAAUACAUCGAUAAGGCCAAACAGACCAAUAAACCGGGAAUAAGUCAAGAAACAAUUAGAGAUGCAACCGACAAUAUAAGAGCCCGUUCACAGGAGAUAAUUAAAAAGUGCGACGAAAUGUUCAAAGCCAAAACGAAAGAGCUUCUAGACGAAUAAUUAACCAAUCAAUUGAUAUAAAUCGUUAAUUGCUGCCAGAAUUAUUAGUUGAAAUAUAAACUGUGACAAUUUCUCAUCAA